AUGCGGAGGCAAGUAAAUUUGGCAAAUUUGAGUAAGUUGAGAGAUGAAGAGAAAGAGGUGAUUGUUGUGUCUGAUAAAGAAGAAGAGGAGGAGCAAGCCACCUUGGUCAGGAAAAAUUCCAAAAAAAGAAGAAAAUCUGUGGUUUUUGAGGAGAGAAUUGUGAAUGAAGGAGGUGAUGGUGAAAAUGAUGAAGAGAGUGAAAAGGAAGAAGCAGUGGAAAAGGGGAAGAAGGUGUCAAAAUCCCCUAAGAAAAGAAAAAUUGCUAUUAGUGAGGAGGCAGGUUCCUUCAAGAGAAGAAGAGUUAGUACAGAGGGACCUGGUUCCUCAAAGAAAGGAAAGCAAGAAUUGGAGGAGGAAAGACAAAACAAUCUAAAAGGGCAGAAAGUUUUAUUGGGUAGAGUGAUUGACCUAAAGAUUGUUGGGCGCAAAACGUUAGAAGAAUUAAUGGAAGUGCUCAAAUCUAAAAAAUGGGAGUACUUGAUAGAAGGUCCUGCAAUGGCUUAUGAAAAAGAAAUAGCAGACUUCUUUGUCAACCUUAGGUACACUGAUGAUUACUCAUUAGUUUUCAAUGUUGGUACAAUGGAGUUCAACUUCGAUGAAGAGCAACUGGGAAAAAUUUUUGGUGUUCCAACUGAUGAAGCAAAUAGACUAGAGGAAGGAGACAAGGCUACUGCGGACUUCAAGCUUCACAUAGUCAAAAGGGGAGAGCAAGUGAUCACUGAAACUAUCUGUAAGAAACAAAUGAAGUCUCAGUACCAGUUGCUCUUUGAGUUUGUGAACAAAGUCAUGCUUCCUCGGAUUGAGAAAAGGUGUAUUUCCAAGAUGUACGUGGUCCUUAUGGAAAUUCUGGAUGGUGGCCACUUGAUCAGUCUGCCUGGGAUAAUGUUGCAACACACAAUAAAGGUGGUGGAUGUCAAGGAUGGUAAGCAUGGUCUUCCCUAUGGCUUUCUCCUUACCAAAGUGUUUGAGCAUUUCAAAGUACCUACUGGAAAAGCCUCCAAAGGGACCAAGAAGCAAAUGUUCUCUAUGUCCACACUGGAAGAGUGUGAAUUUGUUCCAAAGAAGGGAGGAGCAGGAACCACAUCCACUAUCUCGGGUCUGAUUGAGGCAAAUGAGAAAAUCUUAGCUGAUGUUGAGAGGUUGCAGGUUGAGAACACCUUGCUGAGUCUAAAAUCACUAGACUGA